ACCCAAACCAUUCUGUGAUUCUGUGAUGUUCUCACUUUGUGCCACUCCUUUGUGGGACUGGAGAGCUGCACAGUUUUCUCCUGGGGCUGGAAAGUGUCUCGUUCAACGCUCAUACAGAGGAGUGAAGAACAUUCUAAUCACUGCUAGUCACUUUUUGCGGGUAGGUGUUGCAGUGGAUGACAUCUCAAUUGUAAACUUGAUUUUUCACAGGCUAAAACCAUAGCACGUUUGUAGAGGGAGUAGAGGAUGUCUUUCCGUGGCAGAGGAGGUGGAGGAGGAAGAGGAGGCGGAGGCUUCAGCCGUGGAGGAGGCGGUGGUGACAGAGGUGGCUUUAAUCGCGGCGGACGAGGUGGCUUUGGACGGGGAGGCGGAAGAGGAGGCUUCAACAGAGGCGGAUAUGACCAGGGCCCUCCCGAAAGGGUAGUUUUGCUGGGAGAGUUCAUGCACCCCUGUGAAGAUGACAUUGUUUGCAAAUGCAAAACAGAAGAAAACAAGGUGCCUUAUUUCAAUGCACCAGUGUAUUUGGACAAUAAAGAACAGAUUGGCAAAGUGGAUGAGAUCUUUGGACAGCUGAGAGAUUUUUAUUUUUCAGUGAAACUGUCUGAGAACAUGAAAGCUUCUUCAUUUAAAAAAAUGCAAAAGUUUUACAUUGAUCCAGCAAAGCUACUACCUCUUCAGAGAUUCUUGCCAAGGCCCCCUGGAGAAAAAGGUGCUCCCAGAGGAGGUGGUAGAGGAGGACGUGGUGGUGGACGUGGGGGAGGAAGAGGUGGUGGUAGAGGAGGAUUUGGAGGAGGAAGAGGUGGAGGAAGAGGAGGAGGAGGAGGAUUCAGAGGAGGCAGAGGUGGAGGAGGAGGAUUCAGAGGAGGCAGAGGUGGAGGAGGAGGCUUUCGGGGAAGAGGACAUUAAAAACGGAGCCAUGAAUAUCUCCCCACUGUCUUACCAUGUCAUCUACAGAAGGGAAGAAGCAGCAAAAAUUUUUGUAAAGGACCCUGAAAAAGUUUUUUUUAUAAAGAACUUGAAGCUGUAAGAUGAUGAUUAUUUUUACAGCUAGUUACUGGUGAUCAGCACAUGAGGAGUCUAGCCCCAGAUGAAGAGCUGAAGACCACUCAGACUGUACGGACACUUUUCUAACUAAGCCAGGAUUUGAUGUUAUUCUUAAACUGUUUGUUUCUGACAAGCAGCAGCCAAUGCUUGACUUCGUGAUGGAGUUUGGAGUAAACAGUCAAUUGAAAUGGGUUCUCAGAAGACCCUACAGGGUCACUACGUGCACAUUCAUCAGUGUGAACCUGUUACCUGUGCGUGACUGAUCCCUGGUUCUCAUCCUCCUUUUACGUAGAAUCCUCUGGGUUGCUGUGAAGUGGACGUGCUGUUUAAACAACCUUUGUGAACCUUUUUUUAUAAACUAAACUUAAAUGUUUUGUGUUCAUAGAUUUUUUAAAAAAUACAUAAUGUAUAAAAGAAAAGGAAGAUAGUAAAGUAUAUUUUGUGAAUUUUUCUAUAUAAAUCUCAAUGAAAGCCAAAAGCAUUAAGACACGUUCUUCUCAGCAGCUGCUGUCUAAUGAACAGGACAGGCUAGUACUAUACUUGAGUCACCUAAUUGUAUAUUACAGUGCUAAGGGUUUUUAACUGUCCCUGCAUACUCCCUUAGCUUGUUUCUUUUGACGUUUUUAAAUCCUGGCACUUCAUCUCUGUGGUGCUCUGAGCUUUUGCAGGGCUAAGAUUAAAAUAGCCCAUCAUUGGGCUCCUCUGCACACA